AAACUUUUCUUUAGGUUUGUGCUUCUUCCUCACUAUUUUUCCUGUUAUUGAGUGGAACCCAUGCAUACCUUCAAGCUCAAACCUUCCGGCUCAAAAUCGCCGUAACUUUCCGACCGAUUCAGCUGGGACGAGUUCUACAUCAAUCUCCAUCUCUGACAAUAACAGCAGCAAGACGUAGCUUCCAUGGCGGCGAAGGAAGGGCAGACUGAGUGGCAUUUGCACAGCGGACAAUACCUUGGAGAAAUCUCAGCUCUAUGUUUCCUCCAUUUACCACCUCAAAUUUCCUCUCUCCCGAUUCUCCUCGCAGGUUCGGGUUCCGAGGUACUGACGUAUAACCUGGAAUCUGGAAAGAUGAUAGAAUCGUUUCGGGUAUUUGAAGGAAUUCGCGUUCAUGGGAUUUCAUCUAUCUCUUUGAAUUUCAGUGAAGCGUCGUUUUCUACUAAGCUUGACUUCCUACUUGUUGUUUUCGGUGAAAAAAGAGUCAAGCUAUAUCGUAUAAGCGUUGAAAUGAUUGCUGAAGUAUGUGUGAAUCUGGUUCUGUUAUGUUCUUUGCCGAGGUUCAAUCAUUGGGUCUUGGAUGCUUGCUUCUUGAAGAGCCGUGACUCUUCUUCCUUGGCAGGUAGUGAUAGCUGCGGUUAUAUUGCCAUUGGAUGCAGUGAUAACUCUUUUCAUGUUUGGGAUACUUGUGAAUCUAGAAUGACUCUUAAAGUUGAAUCACCAGUGAGGUGCCUCUUGUACUCCAUGCGGUUGUGGGGUGAUGAUAUCGAAACUCUUCGAGUUGCAUCUGGUACUAUUUUUAACGAGAUAAUUGUUUGGGAAGUGGUUCCUUCAAAAGGUACUAAGAAAGAUCUUGAUGAGAAGAGUAAAGAAAUUCAGUUUCACCAUUUGCAAUAUGAGGCAAUUCAUAUAAGUAGGCUUGUUGCACAUGAGGGUUCGAUCCUUCGUAUUGCUUGGUCCUCUGAUGGAUCCAAACUGGUGUCUGUUUCUGAUGAUCGUAGUGCUCGCAUCUGGAGGCUAAAUGCAAAAAGGAGUGAUGAAGAUGACCCAGGGGAGGUUAUUGGACUGUUUGGUCAUAAUGCUAGAGUUUGGGACUGCUGUAUCUACGAUUCUUUGAUAAUCACAGCCAGUGAGGAUUGUACAUGUCGUGCAUGGGGAAUAGAUGGCAAACAACUAGAGAUGAUAAAGGAGCACAUAGGGAGAGGCGUAUGGAGAUGUUUGUAUGAUCCAAUGUCCCAUCUUCUUAUUACUGCUGGCUUUGAUUCUUCUAUUAAAGUGCAUCGACUCAACACUUCUUUAUCUGGGACCUCCAAUGAACCAGCUGAAAGCACCGGCUGUAGCAUGAAAAGAGAGGUUUUCACUAGUUGUAUUCCAAAUUCAUUGGAUCAUAACGGACAUAUGGACAGUAAAAGUGAGUAUGUGCGCUGCCUACGGUUUUCGUCUGAACGUACAAUCUAUGUUGCCACCAACCGUGGUUAUCUUUAUCAUGCUACAUUAUCUGAUUCCAUGGGUGUAACAUGGACCAAACUUGUUCAUGUUAGUGAAGAGGUUCAAAUUAUUUGCAUGGAUUUACUAGCCCCUAGUCCAUUUGAAGUUUCCCGAGGAGCUGAGGAUUGGAUUGCUCUUGGAGAUGGUCAAGGAAGGACCACAGUUUUAAAAGUUCUACACGAUUCAAAUGCCCAUAAACCUGACAUCUCAUUUACCUGGUCAGCUGAAAUGGAGAGACAGCUUUUAGGAACCUUUUGGUGCAAGUCACUUGGAUUCAGGUUCAUCUUUACAGCUGAUCCUAGAGGAGUAUUGAAACUCUGGAGAUUAUAUGAUCAUGUAUCAGCUUCUCAGAAUGGCACAAACUACAAUCCAUCUCUUGUGGCAGAAUAUAUAUCAUGCUUUGGUAUGAGGAUUAUGUGUUUGGAUGUGUCGUGUGAGGAAGAGAUUGUGGUGUGUGGUGAUGUACGUGGUAAUCUUAUUCUAUUCCCUCUAUCAAAGGACCUAUUACUUGAUAGUCCAAUUACAACAGUAGUGAAGAUAAUUCCAACCUGUUACUUCAAAGGAGCUCACGGUAUAUCAACUGUUACCAGUGUUGUAGUAGCUAGAUUGGAGUCAUGCCAAACAGAAUUACACUCAACUGGUGCAGAUGGAUGCAUAUGUCAUAUGGAAUAUGUCAAACUCAAAGACCAGAAAGUUUUGGAGUUCAUAGGGAUGAAACAAGUUAAAGAGUUGUCUUCAGUGCAGUCUCUCUUCUAUGAUCAAAAUUCUUUUCUUGAUUUGACAAACAAUCGUUAUGCAACUGGCUUUGCAUCCACAGAUUUCAUUAUAUGGAACUUAACUACUGAAACAAAGGUAUUACAAAUUCAAUGUGGUGGAUGGCGGCGUCCUUAUUCUCAUUAUCUUGGAGACGUACCAGAACUUAAGAACUGUUUUGCAUAUGUCAAGGAUGAAAUGAUCUAUAUUCAUCGGUACUGGGUUUCAGACAGUGAUAGAAAAGUAUUUCCUCAAAAUUUGCACGUACAAUUUCAUGGCAGAGAGCUGCAUUCUUUGUGCUUUAUACCUGAAGUCUUUGAACCUAAAGCUGACAACAAGCAUGACAUCUCAUCCAGAUCUAGCUGGAUUGUAACUGGUUGUGAAGAUGGAACUGUGAGGAUGACUAGGUAUACCCCUGGCACCAAUAACUGGUCUGCGUCAAAUUUGCUUGGAGAGCAUGUUGGGGGCUCAGCCGUGAGAUCCAUAUGCUACAUAUCAAACGUACACUUGAUUUUAUCAGAUGGGACUAUCAUACCCGAUGAAAAGAAUACACAAGAAUCUGACUCAGAUGAUAGAGAAGAUCCUAUUUUACUUAUUUCAGCUGGUGCAAAGCGCGUGUUAACUUCUUGGCUACAGAAGCAUAGGAAGCUGGAGAAAAUGGAACGAACUAAUGCUUGUUUACAACAUAAUGGAAAAGUUAGUUCCGAGCCCUCUGGAUUUGCCUCAUCAAUUUCCUUCAAGUGGCUUUCUACUGAUAUGCCAAUCAAGAAUUCAACUUCCCAUAGAAAUUCAUUCAAUACAAUGAAAGAUGAAGCCACGAUUGGUUCUAGCAUAAAUUCUGAUGCUGAAUCCAAAUUACUCCAAGAAAAAGAGGAGUUAAGGCUUAAAUCUUGUCCCGCAGAAAAAUAUGAAGAUGACUGGAGAUACAUGGCAGUUACUGGCUUUCUCGUUAAACAUUUUAAUUCAAGGUUUACUGUCUGUUUCAUCAUUGUUGCAUGUUCAGAUGCCACACUUUCACUUCGAGCUCUAAUUUUACCUCAUCGAUUAUGGUUUGACGUUGCUUCAUUGGUUCCUGUCGGAUCACCAGUUUUGACAUUACAGCACAUAGUUUUUCCGAAAUUCCACCCUAAUGGAGGUGGAGAAACGCUGGUUGGGAAUGUUUACAUCGUCAUCAGUGGAGCCACUGAUGGAAGUAUUGCAUUUUGGGAUCUGACUGGAAAUAUUGAAGCAUUCAUGAAACGUUUCUCUUCUCUUCAUCAGGAAAUGUUCAUUGAUUUUCAGAAACGGCCUCGUACAGGAAGAGGAAGCCAGGGUGGCAGAUGGCGGAGAUCUUUAAGUACUGUGACCAAAGGUCGACCAAGCAAAGAUUUGGUUACUAAGAAAGGUGGAGACGAUACCAACUCAAGCAUGCAAAAUCAAGUUCCUUUCGAAAGCUCAUCCAAAGUGGACAUAUCUGAAGCUAAUAUAGUUGGCUCUCAACCUGUUUGUUUUACCUCUUCUGAACUAAUUCUAAGCACCGGCAAUUCUUCUUCUGAGAUGUGUGAAAUACAGCCUAUUCAUGUUCUAACCAAUGUCCAUCAAUCUGGCGUGAAUUGUCUCCAUGUAGCGGCUGUGAACAAUUCUGAAUGUGUUAAUAAUUAUUGCUUGUAUCGUGUGAUUAGUGGUGGUGAUGAUCAAGCACUUCAAUGUCAUACGAUCGAUUUAUCAGUGUUAUCUGAAAGCCCUAUUUCUGAGAUAAUUGAAUCUGAAUCUGAAUGUGGGAAGAAGUUUAUAUUUCAUAGUGAAGACCAUAAUCAUAAAUAUAUGGUUAGGUUCCUCAGCUCUCACAAAAUUGCAUCAGCUCACAGUUCUGCUAUAAAAGGUGUCUGGACAGAUGGAAUUUGGGUGUUUUCUACCGGUCUUGAUCAAAGGAUCAGGUGUUGGAAACUUGAGGCACAGGGGAAAUUGUUUGAGUAUGCUCACUCGAUCAUUACUGUGCCAGAACCGGAGGCCAUUGAUGCUAGAGCCUGUGACAGGAACCAUUAUCAAAUUGCUGUAGCUGGAAGAGGGAUGCAAAUUAUUGAAUUUUCUACAUCCUGCGAUACUGGCAGAAAAUGAACCUGCGAUACUGGCAGAAAAUGAAAAUAGGAAAAUAUCUUGAUUUGUGAUAGCUUGUAAAUUCAAUUACAGGGGGAACAUAUUACCUCUCAGAACAAAACUACAUACCCUUUAACAAGGUAAUUCCCCAGAAUAAAAAACACUCCUACCCCACAUGAUCCAACUAAUUCUGUACCCCUGUGCCUGCCCCGUGCUCUUCCUCUUUCUUCAAGUUUCACUCAAUAGCUGGCAUUCACCCAUACUAAACCAAUUAUUUAAUUACACAAAGCUGAGCGAGCUUGUAGCCCGUUCUCUUUCCCUUUAGAGUUGUUUUCAGUGGGUCCUCCACUCAUCUCUGCCUUCCUUUCCUUCAUUUUUCUAUGGCCUUAAAUGAAUCUAGUUGGGGCCUAUCAACAUGUUUUUUGAUCUCUCCAUACCGUGGAUUCUGCAUAUGGUCUCUUUUCAAAAGGGUCACAGUAGUCUGAACACCUGAGAGAACUAGAAAGCUUUCCUCAUUGUGUCUUAGUUUCUUGUAAGCUAUUUGUAAGACAUGCAUCGGAGUAAAUUAUGACUCUAAAUAGUCACAAGGCAAAGAAUUCUGACCAAUAGUUUUAUCCUUAAUCGUUAUAUUUGCUCAGUUCAUGGAGAAUGAUUAGUAGAUGAAGGCUCAACUUUGAGAUGGCAUAUGGCCUUUUCACUUCAAUUUUCGGCUGUCCUGUGUCAAUGAUUUAUAUAUAUAUUUUUAUGUUCAUUUAAAGGAUCACUCAAACAACAACUUGCUAGUGAUAGUUUCCGUGAUUAUGGCAUUGAUUGUUGAUUUUCAACAUUGUGAUAGUACAUUUUACAUUGUACAAGCUAUGCUCCCAUUGUAGUGAAAGUGAAAGCUUGUUUAAACAUGACUCAGUAAUUUCACUUUCCAGGUACAAAGUUGGUAGCAUAAGCCCAUGCAUUGUUGUUGACAGGAUCAGCAAGAUGAUCUGCAAGGUUCUCCAAAGGACCCUUUCCAGUUACAAUGGCCUGUACGAAAAACCCGAACAUAGAAAACAUUGCAAGACGGCCAUUCUUAAGUUCUUUCACCUUAAGCUCUGCAAAUGCCUCUGGAUCAUCAGCCAGCCCGAGGGGAUCAAAGCUACCGCCUGGGUAGAUGGGAUCGGUAA